CACAUUAGCGAUCAUUUAAAAAAAAUAUGCAGAGUAAUAAUAGCAAUCAGACUCCAGCUAUCGUUUGAUUAGUCAUGAUUAAAUAUCGAAAUUCAUCGCCCUACCAUCAGAAUUACAGAGAUAUAAAAUGUAUGCAAGUUUGUGAAUACACAGUUCAAUAUAUUUAGUCUUCUCUUUAUCAUCUUAGCUUAUCAUUUCAUGGAAACGACAGAGAUGAUGACACUCCUGAGAAUCGGCAUUUAAUCUGGAAAUUAACUAGCAACUGGUUCUAGUGAAUGAAUGAAGUGUCUUAGUCAUAAUAGCUGUUCUAUUGUUUGAAUGGCUUGCGAGUGUAUAUAAGGGUCUGCAAAGAAUUCCACAUUCACUAACUGGCCAGAGGAUUAUCUCUCUGUCUGCGAAGCGGUUCCUAAAUCUUUACUCACAAGACUCUGGUACCCCACUUUAUUAAUCAAGAGAUGUUCCGGUCAUUGAAGUCUCUACAAGUGUUGACCUUCCUAGGAAUUUUCUGCUUCAGCUUUCUUCUUGCAUCAGCGAACAACGAAAAAGAGAGAUCAGUUGCAGAGACUCAGCUAAUGCAUGAUACAGGAAAGAUGAUUGAAGAAAUAAGUCGUCAAAGAUGGUUGCAAGGUUUACUGGAUACCAUUCACAACCCAGGCCGAAGAACGCAUUCGGUGUUGAGACAAAAUAAAGAAAGGUCUGUUGCUGAAGCCCAGCUAAUGCACGACAAAGGAAGGACUAUUGAAGAAAUGACUCGCCAGAGAUGGUUACAAGGAUUGCUGGGAGCUAUUCACAACCCUGGCCGAAGAGAAGCAUCUCUACUGAGGAACUUACGUAGGGAAGUAAAUGGAGCAAGCUAUGAAGAACAUCAAAGGCUUAGCAUCAACAAAAACAACCAGAACCUGCAAUACAUAAACUUAAAUACUGCACACAGUAAAAAGAUAUCUGAAUAAAAAUGCUGGGAAUUAAGAGAUUAGUUUGUUCAGUGCUACAUUUAGACUGAGUCCAUGUUUCACCUUCAUAAAGGCUGACAUUGUGGUAGUGGUUGGGUUGAGGCUCACAAUGGACUUAGUAUAACAAAAGCUAUUUCACAGUUACAUUCACCUCAGCUUUUUU